UGGUUUUACUGGCUUACAAUUAAGAGUUAGUUGCAGGCUUCCAGACUUUUCCUUACCAGAUGUUUAAGUCAGGCAGACGACAACUUUGGAAACAAAGCGUUUCUAGAGUUUUGAAGCAAAAGCUGAAGGAGGAGAAAGAGGCCAAACGGGCUCACCUAGACGGGAGACAUGAUUACAUCCUGUCAAUUGUGGCUUCCUGUGUGGAUCUGGAGAAGAGUGAAGUGGAGGAUGCCGUCCUCGAAGGAACUCGGAUUGACCGUAUCGAUAAAUUCUUUGUGGCUGGGGGCUUUCGCCAUCUCAUGUUCUACUAUCAAGACGUCGAGGCAUCUGAAGCAGGGCUUGGCCCGGCAGGUGCAACCUCGGCUAAGAACAAAAAGGCUAAAGUAUUCAUAACAGAAGGAAAGGAUGUUGCCUUGACCGGCAUAUGUGUGUUCUUCAUUAGAACUAACCCUUCCAAAGCAAUCACUGCAGAGAACAUCCAUAAUGAAGUGGCUUUCAAUAUGUUGGAUGCGAGUCACGGUGGCUUACUGAAUAGCGUGCAGCACUUGCUUGCGGACAUCUUUAUUCCAGCUCUGAGGAUGAUGGACUCUGGCUGGGGAGAGCUUGGGGGUCCUCAGAAGGGAGCCAAAGUGAAACAGGACUUCCUAUCUUCUCUAGAGGGAUUUGUUAGCGUCCUUUCAGGAGCUCAGCAGAGCUUGUUGGAGAAGGUGAAUCUGAAGAAGUGUGAAACCUGUGAUCUGAAAGCCUUAAAAGGACCUGCAGACUACCUGGCUGCAGCCAACAGCAUGGAGAUUCUGGAACCAAUGGAGACCUUCCUGAAAGUCUGGAUUAAGCAGAUUGAGCAGGUCAUUGCUGAAAACGACCAGCUGCGGAAGGAAGCAGAUGACCUUGGGCCCCGGGCAGAGCUGGAUCACUGGAAGAAACGGCUCUCCAAGUUCAAUUACCUCUUGGACCAGCUCAAGUCCUCAGAUGUGAAGGCUGUACUCGGAGUGUUGACUGCCGCUAAAUCCAAGCUUCUGAAGAGCUGGCGAGAGCUGGAUACUCGGAUCACGGAUGCCACAAACGAAGCCAAAGACAAUGUGAAGUAUCUGUACACCCUUGAGAAAUGCUGCGAUCCUCUCUACAACAGUGACCCUGUAGCCAUGGUAGAUGCUAUUCCUGGCCUCAUUCAUGCCAUUAAAAUGAUCCAUAGUAUUUCGCGCUAUUAUAACACCUCUGAGAAGAUAACCUCCCUUUUUGUGAAGGUUACAAAUCAAAUGAUAACAGCAUGCAAAGCUUAUAUUACCAAGAAUAAUUCUGCCACCAUCUGGGAUCAGCCGCAAGAUGAAGUUCUGGAAAAAAUACAAGCUGCUAUAAGACUUAAGCAGGAAUACCAAAACUGUUUUCACAAGACCAAACAAAAACUGGAACAAAGCCCAUCAGAACGACAGUUUGAUUUUAGCGAAGUGUAUAUCUUUGGAAAAUUCGAAACUUUUCAUCGUCGUCUACUUAAGAUCGUACAAAUCUUUGACACCAUCACAAUCUAUUCGGUCCUACAAGACUCCAAGAUGGAAGGACUUGAAGUUAUGGCCACUAGAUUCCAGAGCAUUGUGGCCACCAUGAAGAAAAAGCAGUACAACUUCUUAGAUCAAAGGAAAACUGAUUUUGACCUGGAUUAUGAAGAGUUCUGCAAGCAAACAAAUGACCUGCAUCAUCAGUUACAGACCUUUAUGGAUAUCACCUUUGAAAAGAUUACAAAUACCGAAAGGGCGCUUGACAUGCUGAAGAAAUUUGAAAGGUUAGGGAUUCCUAACCUUGGCAUCGAUGAGAAAUGCCAGGUAAUCCUUCAGAACUAUGGACGGGACAUCGAGAUGGUCUCUAAGCUGUACACUAAGCAAAAAAAUGACCCCCUGGUGGCCCGUAACCUUCCUCCUGUGGCUGGUAAGAUCUUGUGGGCACGGCAGCUCUUCCACCAAAUCCAAGAGCCCAUGAGCCUCUUUCAGCAGCAUCCCACAGUUCUACAGACGGCAGAAGCCAAGUCCAUCAUCCGCAACUAUAACAGGGUGGCUAAAGUCCUUUUGGAGUUUGAGGUUGUCUACCACCGGGGGUGGCUCCAGCAGGUCGAACUAACGAAAGCAGGACUUCAGGCAUCGUUGCUGGUGAAAGCUCCAGAGACAGGAGAAAUAUUUGUGAAUUUUGACCCAGAUAUCCUCACCUUGCUACGGGAAACGGAGUGCAUGUCGCGCAUGGAACUGGAAAUCCCACCGUUUGCUGCGGCUCUUCAGGAAAAACGCAACUUCUACAAAGAGAACUUCAAUAAAUUGCAGAUGGUGCUGGCAGAGUACAAGAGGGUGAAGACAAAGAUCCCAUCUCCCCUCCAUACGUUAAUGACUCUUCAUCUGGCAAAAGUGGAGGACGCCAUGCAGCCUGGUCUAACCACCUUGAGCUGGACAUCCCUGAACAUCGAGAAGUAUUUGCAGAACAUUCUGGAUAAACUUGCUGAGCUUGAACUGUUGCUCGAUCGAGUGAAUGACUUGAUAGAGUUUCGCAUUAAUGCUGUUCUUCAAGAAAUGAGCAGCCUGCCCCUCUGCCGUCUUCCUGAAGAAGAUCCGCUGACCUGUGAGGAAUUUCUUCACAUGACAAAGGAACUGUGUAUUAGCGGAGCCCGCACUUUGCACCUGAAAAGCUCAUUGGUAGAGGAAGCAGCCAAUGAGCUGAUCAAUGUCUUAUUAGAUGUGGAAGUACAAACCAAAGGAGAUACUGAUGAUAAGUCUCAGAGUGGAAGCAGAACCGAGGAGGUUAAUGGAGUGUUUGAAGAGGAAGGGCCGUCAGACCCCUUAACAUCCUCACACACCGCUAGCCAGAUGUCCGGAUUGUCUUCCCCUUUAACCAAGAGGAAAAAGAAGGAAAUGGAAAUGCUGGAGGAGGAAGCCCGAGAACUACUGUCACAUUUUAACCACCGAAACGUGGAUGCUCUUCUGAAGGUCACGCGCAACACCUUAGAAGCCAUACGCAAGCGCAUUCAGGCCUCUUCUGUGGUCAGCUACUUAGAUAAUGAGAGUGCCUCCAAGCAGAAACUGAGUGUGCAUCCUAUCUUUAAGGCCAGCAUUUUCCUUUCCAUUCCCAAUUUUGCUGUUGUGCCGUCCCUUGAUGAAGUACAGCAAACGCUCAAUGAAGCUGUGGACAGUAUCGUCAGCGUCAUGAAAGGGGUUGGCCAGUGGAGUAAAGAGAGACUAUCAAAGAAAAAGAUACUAGAAAGGAAAAUAGCAGCUUUACGGAGUGGUGGAGAUAGUGAUUCUGAGAACGAAAUGAGAGAAACUGAAGUUGGAAACAUCCACGAUGCUGCUUCAGAUACGGCCUCACUGAUCUUUCCUUCUUCUGUCCAAAGCAAAAACUACUACAAAAGUGUUUCGGAGAACAAGGAAAUCAUUAAGCUGAUGUCUGUUCUCAGCACAACCAUAAAUUCCACUAAAAGGGGAGUUCUUUUGGCCUUGGAGAGGUUCAAAUGUUAUCACCACAUCUGGCAGAGGGAGAAAGAGAAAACCAUUGAAAACUUCAUCAAAGGAAGCCCUUUACUGUCUGAGUUUGAAUCCCAGAUCCUUUAUUACAGAGACUUGGAGCUAGAAAUUAACUCAGAACCUGAAUAUAUAUGCGUGGGAACUAUUGCACUGUAUACCGUGGAUCUAAAGCUGGCCCUGACCACUGAAACCAAAGCCUGGAUGAUUGCGUUUGGGCUACACUGUAACAAGAAGUACAGGUCAGAGAUGGAAAAUAUCUUCACCUUCGUAGAGGAAAUCAACAAGAAACUAAACCGUCAGAUCAAAGACUUGGAUGACAUCAGGAUAGCUAUGGCUGCGUUAAAAGACAUCCGGGAGCAACAAAUCCCCAUAGAUUUCCAAGUGGGACCCAUUGAGGAAUCUUAUGCAAUGUUAAACAAAUAUGGAUUGCUGGUGGCCAAGGAAGAGAUGGAGAAAGUGGACACACUGCGUUACGCCUGGGAGAAACUUCUGGUUCGAGCAAAUGAAGUACAGAAUGAACUGGCUGCGCUGCAGCCCAAAUUCAGGAGAGAGCUAAUAAGCACAGUGAAAAUAUUUGUUGAAGACUGUGAUCACUAUUACUUGGAUUAUGACAAGAAUGGCCCCAUGGUGGCUGGUCUUGAACCUCAGGAGGCGAGCGACAGGCUGGUCAUGUUCCAGAAUCGUUUUGACAACCUUUAUCGGAAGUACAUCACCUACACGGGGGGUGAAGAGCUUUUUGGUUUGGCUGUGACUCAAUAUCCCCAGCUCCUCGAGAUAAAGAAGCAGCUGAACUUGUUACAGAAACUUUACAGCUUGUACAACAAUGUCAUUGACACAGUGAAUGGCUAUCAUGACAUCCUCUGGUCAGAAGUGAACAUCGAGAAAAUUAACAAUGAACUUCUGGAUUUUCAGAACAGGUGUCGAAAGCUGCCGCGAGCUUUGAAGGAGUGGCAAGCCUUUCUGGAUCUAAAGAAGACAAUCGAUGACUUCAAUGAAUGUUGCCCAUUGCUUGAGCUGAUGUCCAAUAAAGCCAUGAUGGCCCGUCAUUGGAAGAACAUCACUGCUCUCACAGGCCACAGUUUCGAUGUUGAAAACGAGACUUUCAAACUUAGAAACAUCAUGGAAGCUCCACUGUUGAAAUUCAAAGAAGAGAUAGAGGAUAUCUGUAUCAGUGCCGUGAAGGAGAGGGACAUUGAACAGAAGCUGAAACAAGUGAUUGCUGAGUGGGACAACAAAACGUUCACCUUCACCAACUUCAAAACCCGUGGAGAGCUGCUCUUGAGAGGAGACAGCACUUCUGAGAUCAUUGCGAGCAUGGAGGACAGCUUGAUGCUACUAAGCUCCCUCAUGAGCAACAGGUACAACACACCAUUCAAGGCUCAGAUACAAAAGUGGGUACACUAUCUGUCUAACACGACUGACAUAAUUGAGAACUGGAUGACGGUGCAGAACUUGUGGAUCUACUUGGAGGCUGUCUUUGUGGGUGGAGACAUCGCAAAACAGCUUCCAAAGGAAGCCAAGCGCUUCUCCAACAUUGACAAAUCCUGGGUGAAGAUUAUGACCCGAGCCCACGAAAUACCGAACGUGGUCCAGUGCUGCGUGGGAGAUGAAACCAUGGGGCAGCUGCUGCCUCAUUUGUUGGAUCAGCUGGAAAUUUGCCAGAAGUCUCUUACAGGGUAUUUGGAGAAGAAGCGGCUUCUGUUCCCCCGCUUCUUCUUUGUGUCAGACCCCGCUCUCCUGGAGAUUCUGGGCCAAGCUUCAGAUUCACACACCAUACAGGCUCACUUGCUAAAUGUCUUUGAUAACAUCAAAACUGUGAAAUUCCAUGACAAGGUUUAUGAUCGGAUCCUUUCAAUUUCCUCACGAGAGGGUGAGACCAUUGAGUUGGAAAAGCCUGUCAUGGCAGAAGGAAAUGUGGAAGUUUGGCUCAAUUCGCUCUUGAAGGAGUCCCAGGGUUCGUUGCAUCUGGUGAUUCGACAGGCAGCUUCAAGCAUCCACGAGGCGGACUUCCAGCUAAUAGAGUUUCUUUCUUCUUACCCAGCUCAGGUCGGCUUGUUGGGAAUUCAGAUGAUUUGGACGCGAGAUGCUGAAGAAGCUCUGACAAGUGCAAAAUAUGAUAAGAAAAUAAUGCAGAAUACAAACCAGUCUUUCUUGGUUCUCUUGAACACUCUGAUAGACAUGACUACAAAGGAUCUGACUCCAGUGGAGCGAAUUAAAUAUGAGACACUGAUUACGAUUCACGUGCACCAAAGGGAUAUAUUUGAUGACUUGUGCCGGAUGCAUAUUAAGAGCCCCUCUGAUUUUGAGUGGCUGAAACAAUGCAGAUUUUAUUUCAGUGAAGAUGCAGACAAGAUGUUGAUUAACAUCACAGACGUGUCCUUCAUCUAUCAGAAUGAAUUCUUGGGCUGUACUGACAGGCUUGUCAUAACCCCUCUGACAGACAGGUGUUACAUCACUUUGGCCCAGGCCUUAGGCAUGAGCAUGGGCGGCGCACCAGCUGGACCUGCAGGAACAGGGAAGACUGAAACAACCAAGGACAUGGGAAGGUGCCUUGGGAAAUACGUGGUGGUCUUCAAUUGUUCGGACCAGAUGGAUUUUAGAGGACUGGGGAGAAUCUUUAAAGGUCUCGCACAGUCCGGAUCCUGGGGCUGCUUUGAUGAGUUUAACCGCAUUGAUUUGCCGGUGUUAUCUGUUGCGGCACAGCAGAUUGCGAUCAUCUUGACAUGUAAGAAGGAGCGCAAGAAGAACUUCAUUUUUACCGAUGGCGAUAAUGUGGAAAUGAAUCCGGAAUUUGGACUCUUUUUGACAAUGAACCCUGGGUACGCUGGCCGCCAAGAGCUACCUGAAAACCUGAAGAUCAACUUCCGCUCCGUGGCAAUGAUGGUCCCAGACCGGCAGAUCAUCAUCCGGGUCAAACUGGCCAGCUGUGGCUUCAUUGACAACAUUGUGCUUGCAAGGAAGUUCUUCACUCUGUACAAGCUCUGUGAAGAGCAGUUGUCCAAGCAGGUGCACUAUGAUUUCGGGCUCAGGAAUAUAUUGUCUGUGUUGCGGACCUUGGGAGCAGCCAAAAGAGCAAACCCAGAUGACACGGAAUCCACUAUUGUGAUGCGUGUCUUGAGAGACAUGAAUCUUUCCAAGCUGAUUGAUGAAGACGAGCCCUUAUUCUUGAGUCUGAUCGAAGACUUGUUUCCCAGCAUACAGCUCGACAAAGCAGGCUAUCCAGAGCUCGAGGCUGCCAUUAGCAAGCAGGUGGAAGGGGCUGGCUUAAUUAACCAUCCUCCCUGGAGACUGAAGGUUAUCCAGCUGUUUGAAACGCAGCGGGUUAGGCACGGCAUGAUGGCGUUGGGUCCGAGUGGGGCAGGAAAGACGACGUGCAUCCACACGCUGAUGAAAGCCAUGACAGAUUGUGGACAGCCCCACCGUGAAAUGAGAAUGAAUCCUAAGGCCAUCACAGCCCCUCAGAUGUUUGGACGUCUUGACGUCGCAACAAAUGACUGGACGGAUGGGGUUUUCUCCACUCUUUGGAGGAAAACUUUGAGAGCUAAGAAAGGAGAGCACAUCUGGAUAGUCCUUGAUGGCCCCGUUGAUGCCAUUUGGAUUGAGAACCUGAACUCAGUGCUUGAUGAUAACAAAACGUUAACACUAGCAAAUGGAGAUCGAAUCCCCAUGGCGGCAAACUGCAAAAUUGUCUUUGAGCCUCAUAAUAUUGACAAUGCCUCUCCUGCUACCGUGUCGAGGAAUGGAAUGGUGUUCAUGAGCUCCUCGGUUCUCAACUGGAGCCCUAUUCUUGAGGGGUUCUUGAGGAAGCGAUCUCCACAGGAAGCGGAGAUCCUGCGCCAGCUGUAUGCUGCAUCUUUUCCAGAAGUGUACCGCUUCAGCAUCCAGUCCUUGGAGUACAAGAUAGAGAUGCUGGAGGCCUUUGUGAUAAUGCAAAGCAUCAGUAUGCUGCAGGGCCUCAUCCCUUACAAGGAGCAGGGAGGUGAAAUAACCGGAGAGUAUCUAGAGAGGCUCUACGUCUUCUCCCUGAUGUGGAGUAUUGGAGCACUGCUGGAAUUAGAGGAUCGGCGCAAGAUGGAGAGCUGGCUCCGUGGCCAUGAAACUAUCAAACUGGACCUUCCUAACAUCCCAGAGGGAAGUGAAGAUACUAUGUUUGACUACUACGUUACUGGUGAUGGCAAAUGGGUGCAUUGGAACACUUGCAUUGAAGAGUAUGUGUAUCCUACCGACAGCACUCCAGAAUACGGCUCCAUCCUAGUGCCCAACGUUGACAACGUGAGAACUGACUUCCUUAUCCACACUAUUGCAAAGCAAGGCAAGGCAGUGUUGCUAAUUGGUGAACAAGGGACUGCGAAGACUGUCAUCAUCAAAGGCUACAUGUCAAAAUAUAAUCCUGAAAGCCACAUGGCCAAGAGUCUGAACUUCUCAUCGGCAACAACACCUUUCAUGUUUCAGAGAACAAUAGAAAGCUAUGUGGACAAGCGCAUGGGCACAACCUAUGGCCCUCCUGCAGGAAAGAAAAUGACCGUAUUCAUUGAUGAUGUGAACAUGCCUAUAAUCAACGAGUGGGGAGACCAGGUCACCAAUGAAAUCGUAAGGCAGCUGAUGGAGCAAAAUGGGUUCUACAACCUGGAGAAGCCCGGGGAGUUCACCACCAUUGUGGACAUCCAGUUCUUAGCUGCCAUGAUCCACCCAGGAGGAGGACGCAACGAUAUUCCCCAGAGGCUGAAGAGGCAAUUCUCUGUAUUUAACUGCACUCUCCCUUCGAAUUCAUCAAUUGACAAGAUCUUUGGUGUGAUUGGUGUGGGACAUUAUUGUAGUCAGAGAUGCUUUUCAGAAGAGGUGAGAGCAACUGUUUCCAAACUGGUUCCAUUGACCCGCCAGCUGUGGCAAAUGACUAAGGUCAAGAUGCUGCCGACACCAGCCAAAUUCCAUUACAUCUUCAACCUCCGGGACCUUUCUAGGAUUUGGCAAGGAAUGUUGAAUACUACCUCUGAAGUGAUUGGUGAAUCUAAUGUGCUCCUAAAACUGUGGAAGCAUGAAUGCAAGAGAGUGGUUGCAGAUCGUUUCACAGUCCCUGAGGAUGUCAAGUGGUUUGAUUUGGCUCUAUCAAAACUCGUCGAAGGGGCUUUUGGCGGGGAUAAAAAAGCCCUGGUGGAGCCUGGCAUGGAUGCUUAUUUUGUUGACUUCUUAAGAGAUGCUCCUGAAGCAACAGGAGAGGAGCCAGAUGACGUGGAGGUCGACAUGCCCAAAGUAUAUGAACCAAUCACAUCUUCCGAGCAUCUGAAGGGACGACUGAACAUGUUCUUACAAAUAUACAAUGAAAGUAUCCGUGGAGCAGGCAUGGACUUGGUGUUCUUUGAAGAUGCUAUGAUUCAUUUAGUAAAGAUCUCUCGUGUCAUCCGCACCCCUUGUGGUAAUGCUUUGCUUGUUGGAGUUGGUGGUUCUGGAAAGCAGAGCUUGACAAGACUAGCCUCGUUCAUAGCUGGCUAUGAGACAUUCCAGAUCACAUUAACAAGGUCUUACAGCACAUCCAACUUGAUGGAAGACCUGAAACUUCUCUACAGGACUGCUGGGCAGCAGGGGAAAGGGAUCAGCUUCAUUUUUACAGACAACGAAAUAAAAGAUGAGGCUUUCUUGGAGUACAUGAACAAUGUCCUCUCAUCAGGAGAAGUUUCCAAUUUAUUUGCUCGUGAUGAAAUAGAUGAAAUCUUGGGCGACCUCAUAUCUGUUAUGAAGAGGGAACACCCACGUCGGCCUCCAACCAAUGAGAAUUUGUACGAUUAUUUCAUGAGCAGAGUUCGUCAGAAUCUGCACGUCAUCCUCUGCUUUUCACCAGUGGGUGAAAAGUUCAGAAACCGAGCGCUGAAGUUCCCCGCCCUUCUUUCUGGCUGUACUAUAGACUGGUUCAGCCGCUGGCCCAAAGAUGCUCUGGUGGCUGUGUCUGAACAUUUCUUGUCCUCGUAUGAAGUUGACUGCACUGAUGAGAUCAAGAAGGAGAUGGUUGAGUGCAUGGGUUCCUUUCAGGAUGGAGUUGCUGAGAAGUGUGUGGACUAUUUCCAGAGAUACCGUCGGUCCACCCAUGUCACUCCCAAAUCUUACUUGUCUUUCAUCCAGGGAUAUAAGGCAAUCUACAAAGAAAAACAUGCUGAGGUACAGACGUUGGCCAACAGAAUGAACACUGGACUGGAGAAACUUAAAGAGGCCUCAGAGUCAGUGGCUGCCUUAAGCAAAGAGCUGGAAGCCAAGGAAAAAGAGCUUCAGGUCGCCAGUGAAAAAGCAGAUACGGUGUUAAAGGAAGUAACCGUGAAAGCCCAGGCUGCCGAAAAGGUGAAGGCAGAAGUGCAGAAAGUCAAAGACAAGGCUCAGGCUAUUGUGGACAGAAUUUCGGCAGACAAGGCCAUUGCUGAAGAAAAGUUGGAAGCUGCCAAGCCCGCUUUAGAGGAAGCGGAGGCUGCUUUGCAGACUAUCAAGCCUUCAGACAUUGCCACCGUUCGCACGCUGGGCCGGCCGCCUCAUCUGAUCAUGCGCAUCAUGGACUGCGUGCUGCUGCUGUUCCAGAGGAGGGUCAACACUGUCAAAGCAGACCUGGAGAAAAAUUGCACCACCCCCUCGUGGCAGGAGUCCCUGAGGCUGAUGACCGCAGGAAACUUCCUACAGAACCUGCAGCAAUUUCCCAAAGACAUGAUUAAUGAGGAAGUCGUAGAGCUGUUGAGCCCUUACUUUGAAAUGAGCGACUACAACAUCGAUACAGCCAAACGGGUGUGCGGAAACGUGGCCGGCCUUUGCUCCUGGACCAAAGCGAUGGCGUCAUUCUUUUCUAUCAACAAGGAAGUUCUGCCUUUAAAAGCUAAUCUGGCAGUCCAGGAGAACCGGCACACCACCGCCAUGUCGGACCUAAAGAAAGCUCAAGCUGAGUUGGAUGCCAAGCAGGCUGAAUUAGACACUGUGCAGGCCGAGUACGAGAAAGCCAUGAGGGAGAAACAGACCCUGCUUGAGGAUGCAGAACGCUGCCGGCACAAAAUGCAAACAGCCUCCAGUCUGAUCAGCGGGCUGGCUGGUGAGAAAGAGAGGUGGACGGAACAGAGUAAAGAGUUUGCUGUGCAAACAAAGAGGCUUGUGGGUGAUGUGUUGCUGGCCACAGCUUUUCUCUCCUAUUCUGGCCCCUUUAACCAAGAGUUCCGCAAUUUGUUGUUAAAUGGUUGGGAAAAAGAAAUGAAAACCCGGAAAAUCCCAUUUGGAAACAAUCUGAAUCUCACAGAGAUGCUGAUCGAUGCACCUACUGUCAGUGAAUGGAACCUUCAGGGGCUGCCAAAUGACGACCUGUCCAUCCAGAAUGGUAUCAUUGUCACAAAAGCAGCCCGUUACCCUUUACUGAUUGACCCGCAGACCCAAGGAAAGAUGUGGAUUAAAAACAAGGAAACCAGGAAUGAAUUGCAGAUCACCUCUCUGAAUCACAAAUAUUUUAGAAACCACUUGGAGGACAGCCUUUCUCUCGGAAGGCCCUUGCUAAUUGAAGAUGUUGGCGAGGAGUUGGAUCCGGCGUUGGAUAAUGUCCUUGAAAGGAAUUUCAUCAAAACUGGUUCUACCUAUAAGGUCAAAGUUGGAGAUAAAGAAAUAGAUGUUAUGAAUGGAUUCCGGCUCUAUCUUACCACCAAGCUUCCCAAUCCAGCGUAUACUCCAGAGAUCAGCGCUCGCACCUCAAUAAUUGAUUUUACCGUCACCAUGAAGGGUCUGGAAGAUCAGCUUCUAGGGAGAGUCAUUCUAACAGAAAAACAGGAACUGGAGAAAGAGCGAACCGAUCUUAUGGAAGAUGUGACUGCUAACAAAAGGAAGAUGAAGGAACUGGAGGAUAACUUGCUGUACCGACUGACAAGCACACAGGGCUCUCUGGUGGAAGACGAGAGUCUCAUCAUCGUCCUCAGUAACACAAAGAGGACGGCUGAAGAGGUGACUCAGAAGCUACAGAUCUCUGCUGAGACUGAAAUACAGAUCAACUCGGCUCGGGAGGAAUACAGACCAGUGGCAACAAGAGGCAGCAUCCUCUACUUCCUGAUAACGGAGAUGAGCAUGGUGAACAUCAUGUACCAAACUUCACUUCGACAAUUCUUGGGCCUCUUUGAUCUUUCGCUUGCCAGGUCGGUCAAGAGCCCCGUUACAAGCAAGAGAAUUGCAAAUAUCAUUGAGCACAUGACCUACGAAGUCUAUAAAUACGCCGCACGGGGACUUUAUGAGGAGCACAAGUUUCUAUUCACAUUACUGCUUACCUUGAAGAUUGAUUUGCAGCGGAACAGAGUCAAGCACGAAGAGUUUUUAACUCUCAUUAAAGGUGGUGCCUCUUUGGAUCUGAAAGCUUGUCCCCCAAAACCAGCUAAAUGGAUCCUGGAUAUGACAUGGCUGAACUUAGUGGCGCUCAGUAAACUCAGACAAUUUUCAGAUGUUCUUGAUCAAAUCUCACGGACAGAAAAACAGUGGAAAAUUUGGUUUGAUAAGGAGAACCCAGAAGAAGAGCCUAUGCCCAGCGGCUACGACCAAGCCCUGGACUGCUUCAGACGCCUCCUCCUGAUUCGAUCGUGGUGCCCUGACAGAACCAUAGCUCAAGCUAGGAAAUACAUUCAGGAUACCAUGGAGGAAAAAUAUGCUGAAGGAGUCAUCUUAGACCUGGAGAAGACCUGGAUGGAAUCUGACCCAUGCACGCCUCUCAUCUGCUUCCUUUCCAUGGGUUCUGAUCCAACUGAUUCCAUCAUUGCUUUGGGGAAGAGACUGAAGAUUGAGACUCGUUAUGUUUCCAUGGGCCAAGGUCAAGAGGUCCAUGCGCGUAAACUUCUGCAGCAGACUAUGGCACAUGGUGGAUGGGCCCUUCUUCAGAACUGUCACUUGGGUCUUGACUUUAUGGAUGAAUUGAUGGACACCAUUGUGGAAACUGAGAAUGUUCAUGAGGCUUUUCGCUUGUGGGUGACUACAGAGGUUCACAAACACUUUCCCAUUACGCUUCUUCAGAUGUCUAUUAAAUUCACCAACGAGCCUCCUCAAGGACUCAAAGCUGGUCUCAAGAGGACCUAUGGAGGUGUGAGCCAGGAUCUCUUGGAUAUCAGCAACAUGGUCCAGUGGAAGCCGAUGCUCUAUGCCGUAGCUUUCCUGCAUUCCACAGUUCAGGAAAGAAGGAAAUUUGGGCCUCUGGGAUGGAAUAUUCCUUAUGAGUUCAACCAAGCUGAUUUCAAUGCCACGGUGCAGUUUGUUCAGAACCAUCUGGAUGACGUGGACAUCAAAAGGGGGGUGUCUUGGAAUACAGUCCGUUACAUGAUAGGAGAGAUUCAGUAUGGUGGGAGAGUUACGGACGACUACGACAAAAGGCUGCUGAACACUUUUGCUAAAGUCUGGUUCAGUGAAAACAUGUUCACCCACGACUUCUCCUUCUACAAAGGCUACGGUAUCCCCAAGUGCACCACAGUGGAUCAGUAUCUUCAGUACAUUCAGGGCUUGCCUGCUUAUGACACACCAGAAGUGUUUGGGCUCCAUCCCAACGCAGACAUCACUUACCAGAGUAAACUUGCCAAAGACGUGCUGGACACGAUUCUCAGCAUCCAGCCGAAAGACAGCUCCAGUGGAGGAGGGGAGACCAGAGAGUCCGUGGUUGGACGGCUGGCUGACGACAUGCUGGAGAAGCUUCCGGCCGACUACGUCCCCUUUGAGGUAAAGGAGAGGCUGCGGCAGAUGGGGCCGUUCCAGCCCAUGAACAUCUUCCUACGGCAAGAGAUAGACAGGAUGCAGAGGAUCAUCGCUCUGGUGAGGAACACCCUGAUCGACCUGAAGCUUGCAAUCGAUGGGACGAUCAUCAUGAGUGAGAACCUUAGAGAUGCUCUGGACUGUAUGUAUGACGCAAGGAUUCCUGAACGUUGGCGGAAGGCAUCGUGGGCUUCCAGCACUCUUGGUUUCUGGUUUACUGAGCUUCUUGAAAGAAGCCACCAGUUUCACUGUUGGAUUUUUGAGGGGCGGCCAAACUGCUUUUGGAUGACAGGGUUCUUCAACCCUCAAGGAUUUCUAACUGCAAUGAGACAGGAAAUUACCCGAGCCAAUAAAGGAUGGGCCCUUGACAGCGUCGUUUUGUGCAACGAGGUGACCAAGUGGAUGAAGGAUGACGUCAUCGCUCCUCCUGCAGAAGGAGUCUACGUCUAUGGCCUCUACCUAGAAGGAGCUGGGUGGGACAAAAGGAAUAUGAAGCUCGCAGACUCGAAACCCAAGGUGCUCUUUGAGAUGAUGCCCGUGAUAAGGAUAUAUGCAGAAAGCAACACACCUAGAGAUCCACGCCUGUACUCAUGCCCAAUAUACAAGAAACCGGUUCGGACUGAUCUGAAUUAUAUUGCUGCAGUAGACCUCCGGACUGCCCAGCCUCCUGAGCACUGGAUCUUGCGUGGUGUCGCCCUCCUGUGUGACGUCAAGUAA